AUGAAGGGUUCUAAUUUUUUGUUAUUUUUUUUGUUGCAUUUUUUUGCCUUUGUUUUUUAUUUUGAUUUGGACAUGCACUCUAUAAAUGUUGGGUCACUUGAAGUUAGGUCAAGCUUUAACACUCAACAAUCCCUUUUCAGAAGAUUAGCAAGAACAAAAACUGGCGAUUAUCUCUAUAUUUCCUUGAAAUUUAAAAACUAUUUUAAAAUAUCUUUAAAUCAGAAAAUAUGGUGUUACUCAAUGAAAAUUUAAACCAAGAAUUGUUCUAUUACUUUUAACAAUAAACCCUUUGUUAUUUUUAUAUAAUUUUUCAGAAAAAUGGAAAGAUUUGUAAAAGAAUUGUAAGUGGAAGAUUAAGAGAAGAAACGGAAGAAGAGAUGGACGGAAGUGUGUCUCCCAAAAAAGAAGAGGAUUUUACUCCUAAUCAGCAGACAGAGGACAUGACGAUUGAAAGCUUGGAAGUUAAGGUUGAUGUAUCUAUAGAUAUUGAAGAUCUACCAUUGGAAUCGGAACUUUUAUGUGAUAGAUGUGAAUAUGUUACAUCAAAUGCUAGCGACCUAAACCAUCAUAUCAAGAGUCAACAUGAACGGCUAAAGUUUCCUUGUUCUCAAUGUGAUUUUGUUACUCCAAAUGGACCAUAUCUAAAAGAGCACAUCAAGAGUAAACAUGAAGGGGUGAAAUUUCCUUGUGAUAAAUGUUCAUUUAUCUCGUCAACUAAAAAACUACUUAAACGCCACAAUGAUGUGAAACAUGAGCACAUCAGACAUCCAUGUAACCAAUGUGAACAUAAGGCAUUCAGUGUUGGAGAUUUAAGAAAACACAUUUUGAUGAGACAUGUAGGAGUAAGAUAUCCAUGUGAUAAAUGUGAUUAUUCUGCAUCUCAAUUAAGCAACCUAAGCGAACACAAGAAGGUUAAGCAUGGAGGAGUAAAAUAUCCUUGUCCAAUUUGUGAACAUACGUUGAAUACCCAUGGGGGUUUAGUAAAACACAUUACAAGUAAACAUGAAGGGAAAAGGCAUUUCUGCAAAAAAUGUGACUUUUCUGCUACUUCCGUAAAUAGCCUUAAUAUUCAUAUUCGGAAUAAACAUGAAGGAGUUAGAUAUUUUUGUGACAAAUGUGAUCAUGUUUCGACGACAGUUAAAAAUCUCAAAACGCACAUUGAUAGUCAGCAUGAAGGAAUAAGAUAUCCUUGCGAUAAAUGUGAAUAUGUUGCAACAAGAUUAAGUUACUUGAAGAUUCACAUUGAAAGUAAACAUGAAGGGGUGAGUUAUCUUUGUGAUAAAUGUGACCAUACUGCCUCUACACCAGGAAACCUCAAGGUUCAUAAGAAAAACAAGCAUGAAGGAUUUAGAUUACAAUGUGAUGUAUGUCAAUAUUCGUCAACAACUGCCGGUGGUCUAAAGAAACAUGUUAAAAGUAAACAUUAAAUGUAUUUGAGCAGCUGCACUUUUUUAACAUACUAUUAAAGGCGGCCAGGUUGGUCAUAAUAUUAAAAAAUAGUUCAUAUUUGAAUUUUGUUUUCGGUUGUUGGAAUUUUGGCAAUUUGAAAUUAUUUAUUAUUGUUUCGUUUAGUUAUUAAUACAUUAAAUAAAUGACAUGCACAAGGAAACCCAAUGAUCAACACUCAACAGGAUUAAAUUGUAAAUUAUUUUACGAGAAUGGCCAUUCUGGGUAAUUAUGUCAGAGGGGUUUUAAACAGUAAGCGGAGAGUAAAAAUCCUGGAACAAAAUUAUAAUGUGACGUCCUGAGGUUUUUCUCAAGGACUUUGGAUUCGCAGAUAUGCAGAACGAUCAUUGACAUAAUGUCAUAAAUGCAUGAGGGUUAAUAGACCUGACCGCAAAACUUCCAGAAGAAAUUCUGUGUCUUAUAUAUUUCUGGGAAUGUAUAAUGUAAAUAGAUAAAUAAAUAAAUAUACGCA